AUGUCUCCUAGGAACGAAAACAACACCGCUUCUGCACCUCAAAGCCCUAGCGAAGCCAAGGCGAUACAACAAACCAACCAAGGUCUUCAACCCAGGCCUAAGCGUUCAGUCAGCAAAGGCUCCAGGAGCUCCUCCUUUAAUGCCGGAUCGGGACGCAUGUCUCUGCCAGCAGCGCCUGUGCUCACAAGGGCAUUGAGCACCCACGAGGUGCCCAAAGCAGCAGCCGCACCCGGCAUGGACACACCAAUUGCAGCAUUACCUGAAGGGCCAUCGCCGAGUUUGGAUGGUACCAGCUGGAUCGACGCUCGCGAGGGUUACCAGCUGAUGGCCAUGCAUCUCUGGAGAGCGUUCAAGCGCGACUGUCUGUUUGGCCAGACGGACGGUGCCACGGGCAUUGAAGUCCCCAGCGGAGUCGCAAUUCGAUACGGAAAGGGCCAGUACGUCGUCUGUCCUUCCAACGACGAGCGGCUUUCGCACUUUUGCCAUUCCGUCGCCGUCCUCAACACCGAGGCUGCUAUGACGCUGACUUCGGCCGUGGUGGCGGCUAUCACGACACGCUUGGCGCAUUCCAUGACCCAUGUCCCCAUCACGCCUUCACAAAACAUCCAGGUCGUCGACACGAUGCAAGAUCUGGCAGCGGCGCGAAAGGCGCAGAAUGCGUGCUUCAUCCGGUUGGAGAACACCUUGGUCGUGUGGGCCGACCAGGUAGAGAUCUUACGAGAGCGAGCCAAAGACCUCGAGGAUAGAAUGAUCACGCUUGUGUGGAACAGCAGCUACAAGAGUAACCUUAACAACGUCAUGGUCGCCACCAAAUCCGGUGCUUCUACGCCCGCGCUGGCAUCCCCUUCGGCUCUCAGUCCUUCCACCUCAGCGACCAACUCGAUUCCAUCUUCGCCGACGACUUCGUCCUUCACUUCGAUCUCGUCGACCGCCUUGUCCACUGCGCUCAACCAAACCAAGCUGGAGAAAACGGCCCGUAACCACAAGCGAAGCUACACAAGGGAAUCUCCGUACUUCUUCGGUACAGGCACUGCAAUCGCCCCUGACGACGUUUCGGACGCUGAGAAUGGCGAGAGCAAGGAGGUCAUUAUUGACAGUCUCGCCAAUCUGCCUGCUUCGCCAAUGUCGGUGAUGCUGCGACCCAACUCGCACGUGAGGCAUGUGUCCUUCUCGGACCGCAUUACUGAGUCCGACUCUGCAGCAGAUUCUGCCAUCCUCCAAGUCGAUGCGGUUCCCGUCUCGACUUCCCGAUCGAGCUCUUUCAGCAGAGCAGCCGCGUCCAUUCGGAAGCCUGAAACGGCCAAGAUCGAUACCUGGCCAAGCGAAAGCACGUCAUCGAGCUUGGCGAAUCUGCAGUCCAAGUCCUCGCGAAGCUCGAUGUCGUCGAGUGGGGAGAUAGAACAGCGCUGGGACGACGGCAUGAUCGGCGAGCUGGACUACGAAAAGCAAACUGACGAGUACGAGCAACGACCGCUCAGUUAUAUCGCGCCUGUCCAGCACGGACUCGCUGUGGCACUCGACCUUCUCAUCUGUUUCCUGUUCACUUCGAAGCUGUUCGAGCACAGCUUGAGGGACGGCAACUGGUCUCGUAUGGCCUUGACACCGAUCAUGUUGGUCAUGUUCCCCGUUAUCCUGUUCUUUUGCGAUAACAUCAUCGGCAUCAUCAUCCAAAUCAUCGGGCCCGUCAACCAGCUGCACCAAAACUCGCUCUACUACUCGGGCAAGGCACCGGAACGCAAGCUGACGGGCGAACUUCCUCACGUGACCAUUCAGAUGCCAGUCUACAAGGAGUCGCUGCAAGGCGUACUGAUGCCCACGAUCGAGUCGGUCAAGAAGGCCAUCACCACGUACGAGCUGCAAGGCGGAACUGCCGGGAUUGUCGUGUCCGAAGACGGCAUGCUCUUGGUCGACGAACAAGAGCAAACAAUCCGUAAAGAGUUCUACGAGCGCAACAACGUCGGCUGGGUCGCACGGCCUGGCCACAACAAGGACGGCUACGUGCGAAAGGGUCGAUUCAAAAAGGCGUCCAACCUCAACUUUACCUGCCACCUGUCCGUAGCCGUUGAAAAGAUGAUGGACGAACAGAGACCCGAUACUUUUGCCCAGUUGCGCAAGUUUCACGACGACCCCUGCUACCUCAAGCUGGACCGUAGCGUCGAACAGGGUACGGGUACGGGUACGGAUGGCGAGACGCACCAUGUCGAAGAGAAAGCCGAGAUCACCCCGGUUGCAGAGGACGAGCUGUCGCAGGCUCUGGGACCGCAAGACUGGACGGACGCCGACGAGACAGAGCUGUAUCGACGCUGCCUCGAGGCUUGUCUUGCAAAGAUGCACCCGCUGGCACAGGCAAAGGGAAACAUCCGCAUCGGCCAGCUGGUGCUGAUGAUCGACUCUGACACUCGAGUGCCCGAGGACUGCCUGCUGGACGCUGCCACCGAGAUGACGCUUUCUCCCGAGAUCGGCGUUCUGCAGCACUGUUCGGGCGUCAUGCUGGUCUCGGAUAGCUACUUUGAGCUUUGCAUCGCCUUUUUCACCCGACUGGUCAACUUUGCCAUCAGCUUUACGGUGGCCAACGGAGACGUAGCUCCGUUCAUGGGACACAAUGCGAUCUUGCGCUGGUCGGCCAUGCAAGAAGCUGCUUUCAUCGACCCCGAGGAUGGCGUGCUCAAGUACUGGUCCGAAUCGCACGUAUCCGAGGAUUUCGACAUGGCGCUGCGGCUGCUCAUGUCGGGCUACAUUACACGCUGGGCGACCUACUCGAACAACGGGUUCGAGGAAGGUGUUUCGCUGACGUGCGACGACGAGCUGAACCGAUGGCAGAAGUACGCCUUUGGUUGCUCAGAGCUCGUUCUUCAUCGUUUGUGGGAGUGGCCGUUCAAGGGACCGUUCACCCCUCUGUUCAAGACGUUCCUCUGCAGCUCGGCACCGAUCCACUACAAAUUUUCGGCAUCGAGCUACAUCUUUAGCUACUACGCCAUCGCUGCCGCCUUCCCCAUGACGUGGACGCUGUACCUGAUCGAAGGGUGGUACUACCCUGUGCUGGAUCCUUCGUUCUUGACGCCGUUCCGGAUUUGGGUUGCUGUCGUCGUUGUCUUUACCAUCGGCGGCAACGUGAGUCAGAUCAUCGCGCGCUACCGAACAAAGGUGGACAGCCUGUUCAACUUGAUCAAGGAGCAUGCUGCGUGGAUGCCGGCAAUGUUCGUGUUCUUUGGCGGACUGUCGUAUCACGUGUGCACGGCGCUGCUCUCGCAUCCGUUGGGAAUCGACAUGACCUGGGGUGCAACCAACAAGGACUUGGCGGAUAGCAACUUUUUCCUCGAGGUCCCGCUGAUCUGGAAGCGAUUCUGGAGGGUCAUCUUGCUCUGCACUGUGACGAUCGCUGCGGUGGUUAUCAUGCAGAUCACUGCCAUCGUGCCGCUCAGCUGGUCGAUCCAGGGAUUCUUCACCUACUGGCCAUUGCUGCUGACGGCGAUUUCUCACCUGAUAUAUCCCAUCGUCCUCAACCCGGCGCUGCUUCGCUUCUCGUUCUAA